AUGAUGGCGCCUUCCAACCGAGAACUCCCGGCCAUCAGCUGCGCGAAGGCGGCACUCCUCCUUCUCGGCGUUUGCGUCCCUUCGGCGGCAAUCCUCAUUUCGAUGCCAAAAUCAGGCCCUGGCUCCGUGAUAAGAUACGCUUGGAUUGCGGUCGUCCCCUUCAUCGCCAGACGGUUACUCGAGCAGUUAUCCGGCGCAACGACAAGUCUUGUUCUGAACAGCGUUUUUAUUGGACAACUGUGUCUUGUCAUUCUGCAAUGCUGCAAUUUCCUGGUGCUCACGCGUCUCGAUGCCGGAGAUUUCAUGAAGGCGAACAUUUACAAGUCGUCGGAUGGGCUUGGUCGCAAACUUUACGGCGUCGUUGGGUUGAUGUUCAACUUGCGAGGCAUCGGCACGCCGUGGCAGAUCUCACGCAUCAACGCGUCUCCGCAGAGCCUUGACAAGCACAUAGAAAACGGCAAGCUGCGAAAGGGCCCGUGGGUUGUGCGACAGUUGCAAGUCCUCUUCUGGCAGUAUCUUUUUCUCGACUUCACGUAUCUCUCUUCUUUGGACACAUCGCCGGAAGAUGCAGAGAAGCUCUUUGGUACUGGUAAAGAGUUUCUGUAUAUCAACGCCAACGGGGAGCAAUGGGGAGCCCGUGUAGCGGUUGGCUUGAUUUCAUGGCUAGCGCCGGCCAGGGUAACUAUAGACAUUCUCUAUCGGGUUCUAUCAGUAGUUGCUGUCGUGAGUGGAAUGACAUCUCCGGAGGACUGGCCACCUCUCUUUGGAAGCAUCUGGGAUUCGUACACAAUCCGAGGCUUUUGGAGCAUCUUUUGGCACCAGCACUGCCGCUGGUUUCUCACAUCAGUCAGCAACUACCUCUGCCGAGACCUGUUGCGCCUUCCUCGACCCUCACGCCUGGAGCGUUACUUCAACAUCGCUUUGGUCUUCAUGGGUUCGGGUCUAGUCCACGUCAUGCUCGACAUGUUCUGCUGGCAGCCACCCCUUAAAGCACCAACACUGGCCUUCUUCGGCUCUUUUGCUGUGGCUAUCAUGCUUGAAGACGGGGUUCAGGAAGUGUGGCGCCGCAUUUCGGGUGCAGAAGAUUCUAAGAACGUUCCACUGUGGCAUAAGAUUGUAGGCUACAUUUGGGUUUCAACGUGGCUCACCGUCACCUCGCCAUGGUAUCUGUAUCAUGCUGUCCGGCAGCCUGUUGAUGUUAAGUGGCUGGUGCCGUUCAGUGUUCUUAAUAUGAUGGGGCCAGUUGCUGGGAACGUCUUGUUGUUUGGUGGCGGCCUCGUGCUGAAAUACACGAUUGGUGGUCAAAUUUAG